GGGAGCCACAGGCCAGGCUGGGCGCUGGCCGGAUCGGAGGUAGCAGCCCUCUUCCCCAGACCGCCUGACCCUGUGGCCCCCGCACCCGGUGCCACCCUGAGCAUGGCCCAGCGGCCACCGGCCCCGUGCCCAGGGGGACCAGCCCCACCCCGCCGCAGCUCCCACCCGGCCCUGCCACGUGGCACAGAGGAGGGGCGCCUGCCCGCCCUGGCCGCACGUCGUGGCAGCCUGGCGGUGCCCGUGGCCAGCCGGCGCAGCUCGGUGGUGCUCGGUGGGGGUGCGAAGCGGCUCUCCAACGGGCCGUGGGUACCGGGGGCCCGCGUCAGCUUCUCAGGGCUGCUGCUCUUCCCACCCGUGCCCGAGGCCCGGUGCCAGAACACCUACCGCAUGCGGCCGGCACCGGGCUGCCACUUCCACGCCGGGCCGGCCCAACGGGCGCUGGAGGCCACGCUUGCCGCCUGCCUGCAGGACGUGGCCUAUACCCCAGGCACGGGCAGGCAGCUGGCGCAGAGCCUGGCCGAGCAGCUGCGGGGGCAGCUCAAGGAGCUGGCACCGCCACGCUACAAGCUGGUCUGCAGCGUGGUGCUGGGGCAGGCAGGGCAGCAGGGGCUACGCGUGGCCAGUCGCGCCCUCUGGGACCCCGAGUGUGACACCUUCGCCUCCGCCACCUUCACCAACGCCUCCCUCUUCGCCGUGGCCACGGUGCAUGGGCUCUACUACGAGUAGCGACUGCAUCACGCCAGGGCCAUGCCCCACCACGCUCCAGCUGCAGUCCUGGGGCCAUUGGCAAUAAAGAGGAUGCUGCCCCC